AUGUGUGCUCUUCACAAGCACUCCUCCUCCUCCUCAGCUUGUCGGAGACAAGAGCUUCAUGACGAGACGACUCCUUCAGACACGACAACGUCAUCAACUCAAGACGACAACAAGAAGGAAUCUUGUAUCAUGAUGAAACGAGAGGAGUUGAGUAGAAAUUGGGAACUUGUUGUCGCGAAUACAACAACAGAACUGUCAGAGAAUCCUCAGGCUCAUGCAACUGUUCAUCAUGGUGAUGAUGAUGGUCAUGAUUCCACUCAAUGCACAGAACAGACAACCUCUUGUUGGAAUGAGGAGAUGGGAUGGGAUUAUCAUUUGCAUUUACCUCCGGAAAUAUUAGCGAAAAUAUUCUCCUAUGUUGCUUGUGAGCCAAUUUUUCUCUAUUGUUUUUCUCCCCUAUCAAAUGUUUGUAAAGUAUUUAGGAGAGUUUUGCAACGGGGUCUAGGUUAUCAUGAUGAUCAAGUAACCGACAAAAAGGAUCAAGAAAUUGAGCUUUCUUUCUCUACAAAUAUCAAAUCAAGUUUUCAACAUAAUUUAAUUGUGGAUUGGUUGAAUUUUCCACUUCUUCAAAAAGUCAUCAAUUCCAAAAGAUUGGAGACAAUUUUUCAAAAUACGUCCUGUAUUUCAUGCUUGGACCUUUCGAAUCAAAGAACAAUGUUCCAAUCAUUGCUUUCUAAAAACUUGUUGGACGAUUUACUCUUAUUAAUUGAGAAUUUAUAUUUAAAAUGUAAAAAUAUUAAGAGAAUUUACAUGUGUGGAUGCUUUUCAAUUGAGGAAUCCAAAGAGAUGACAAUAUUCACAACUAAAUUGAUUAACCUUCACAGAAAAUACUCAAAAGAAAGUGAUAGCUGCUACAUUGAUGUUAGCCCUCAUUUUCUGCCCUCCGUCUUAUCGAAUGAGGCCACCGAAUACUUGUCAUAUAAUUUGGCUGUCAUAGAAUUGCAAAACGAAUGUCCAGAUGUUCAAGUAGUAGACUGGUAUGAUUUAUUGUUUAAUCCCAUCGAAACGGAUUUGGAAUUUCUUGAGAGAAUCAAAUCUGUCGACUCUGUAAAUAUUCCACAUGUGAACAUAAGGGGGUGGUCUCUCCUACACAGCGCAAUUUUGAAUGACUAUUAUAGAAGCGUUCAAUAUUUGCUCAGUUUACCGCACGUAAAUGUAGACCUUUGUAGUAAUGCUAGUUUCUCCAAUGAUGAAACUUUGAAGGUGCCAUCACCAGAAGACGAAGAUGAGUCUCCAAAAAUACACAAAUCUAUUCCUUCUCUUGAAUUUAGGUUAAAAUACAAAGGUACUCCACUUUUCUUUGCAAUGUAUAGAUACGCAACUAGUGACAAAUCAACUAGCGGAAACAAAGAUCGGGAGGUUAUGGACAUGCUCUUACAUAGAGGAGCUUCAUUUAAUAUUACUGAUAAUUACAGAAGGUCAUUCUUGUUGAUAGCCAUUAGUUACAACUUUCCUCUAACAUUUAUUAACUACAUUUUGGAUAAUUGCAAUCAGAUAUUGAUGUGUGACUCAAAACUCAACAAUGUGUUGCACCAGCUAUUCUUCUCACCUGCUCUCAUCAAAGACAUAUUCAAAACUAGGAAAUUAAUGGAAACAAUAUUUUCGUUGGCUCCUUCACUAUUUUACCAAUGUAACUCAACUAACCAUUUACCAAUUCAAAUACCGUUUGUAUUUAACAACUUUAAGAACUUUUUAAGCAAAGAAUGUGGAGUCGAGCUUGUUAGUGCAAUAGGUCAUUUCAUAGAAUGUACAAAGAAGUAUGGAGGAAGUGAUAUGGCCAAUUCCUUCGUUUCAAUGGCCAUUAGUGAUUGCCUGAAAAUUAUCAACGAUGGAAAACUCUCAAAAAAGAAAACUCUUGUUGUGAUUAACAAGAUAUUUAUUGAGUUAUUAGGCAUGAAAAUCAAGGUCAAUGACAUUGAUCCUGGCGAUGUAAAUGCUAUAAGGAAUGAGUUCAUGAGACUUGAUCAGGAUAAAGGUGUGAAUAUUUUGCACAGAAUGAAGAAGGCAGACUGUGUGAAAGCCUUCUUCAAAUUCCUUCAAUUAGAAAAGCUAUCCUAUUAUUUUUAUAUUAACACUCCAGAUGCAAACGGAGACACACUAUUGCAUCACUUAAUAGCGGAAAGUGAGUCCGAAUUUCAGAUUGGAAACGAGAGCGAUAGAAUUGUUGAGGAGCUGCAAGGAGAUGUUACCUAUAGAAACAAAGUGGGAGAGACGCCACUGUCACUUGCCGCAAAGAGAGGCUAUUAUUCUUGUGUACAUUUCAUGCUUUCAAAUCAACAGACAAGCCAUGAUUCUGAGAAGCAAAUUAUUGACCACAAUGAUAACAUUUUGUGUAUUUUGAGAAAUUCCAGAAAUGAAACAUCAAAAGACAAGCGUCCAUGCUACUCCAUCACCUCAUGCAUCAAGCUUAUUCAAACACAAAAUGAAAUGCUUAUUCAAAACCUGAGACAUCCUAAUGCCAAAGACUAUGACUACAUUUAUGAUGAUAUGUUGAAAGGAGACAGCUAUUCAGAUGAAACAAGCAGCAGCACUUCGAGCAGUCGAACCUCGUCACAAUUAAGUCUUAUGGACAUGAUCAAAUUAAGUAAGGAAAAAAAAGAAAGCAAAAAGCAAGCCCAAAAGGCUGCCAAAAGAAAGAAAAAGAAAGAUGCUAAACAAAAAGAUUUUGUAAUAAUUUUGUAA